AUGACGGAACUUGGAGUCUUCUCUUCCUUGUUCAUUGCUCACUGUGUUUUUAAUGGCUUCUUAAGUUAUACCUGUACCAUGUUGAACAUUGUUACAAUUCACGCACUGAGAAAAACUCCAUCAUUGCCGAUGACUUUAAAAGCAUUGCUCCUGAGUCUGUCUGCUUCUGAUCUUGGUGUCGGUUUAAUAGUCCAGCCUUUAUACGUCGUACGCCUUAUUAUGAUUAGUGGAGAAAAAAAUCAAACUCAAACUUACACAAUAAUAGAACACAUGGUUCUAAUAACAGGAAAUCUUUUCUCUUAUGCUUCCUUCCUUGGUGUUGUGGCCUUAGCGGCAGAAAGAUUCUUGGCUAUUCAUUUUCAUCUCCGAUACCAAGAAAUCGUGACUUGA